AUGGGCAGGACCACCGCCACGCUCCUCGCCGUGGCCACCGCCGCGCUCUGCUUCUCCUGCUUCUACAGCGGCGCGGCGGCGGCAGCAUCGGCGGACACGGUGGCAGACUCGUGCGACGCGAUCCGCGACUUCGUGGACGUGGCCUUCUGCGCGUCGCGGCUAGGGUCCGUUCCGGGCGCCGCCUCCGCGGACCGGCACGGCCACCUCCUGAUGGCGGCGGACCUGGCGGCCGCGAGCGGGGCCUCGGCGCGUGACGCCGCGGCGGGGAUGGCGCGGCGCGAGGGCGACGGCGGGGGCGGGGACCCGGACGCGCGGGACGCGCUGGAGGCGUGCGGCAUCCUGUACGGGGCCGCGUCGGUGCCCGCGCUGCGGCUCAUGCGCGGCUACGCGGCGGCGCGCGCCUGGGCCGCCGCGCGCGCGCUGCUGCCGCUCACGGGCCAGGCCGGGAUCGGGUGCGACGCCGCCCUCGAGGGCUCCGCGACGGCCAAGGCACGGAUGGCCGCCGCCAACCGCGAGUUCGACCAGCUCUCGACCAUGGCCACCGCGCUCCUCAACAAGCUCUCCUAG